CAGUGCAGUGCGCUCCACUAAUACCCCCAACGCAUCACUCGCUCGCGGGUAAGAUCAGAGGAGGAGCAUAACAGGGAUAUUUAUCCAGCCAGUGGUGUGUUAUACAUGUCCAUCGUCCGUACCAUCGUCCGUAUACCACAGUCCCUUUGCCACCGAUCCCCCACAUUGGAGACUUAUGUUUAGCAGCUUUCGGUAUUGGCGGAACGGAAAGGAUUUUAAGGAGAGCUUGAAUUGCUUACUGUAUGUUUACAGACGUGGAGUAUGUGGUGAAUCUGGAAUUAUCUCUUGAGUCUUGAUUGGUCAUAUGCUGUUUGGGACCUAGUUGAUGUAUUUAAGAGCUACGUGUAUGAUGACUUAGACAAGAUUUCAUUUACUUGUGACCAUUGGUAGGUAGGAGAGUAAAAACUGACUUGCAGAGAAAGACUGCAGAAGAAGAAGCUUUUCUUUGGAAAGACUUUAAAAAUGUCUAGAUGACAGAAUUUGAUCUGUAGAGAAUCUGUUAGAAUCAUUUUAUUAGGACAAAGUUGUUCAAUUUUCUCAUUGGAAGAUUGUGUGUGAGAGGAUAGGACUCACCAUGAAGCCAUCAAUAGCAAUUUGGAAAUCAAAACUGUUACUUUUAAUAAUAUUUGCCGUAUCAUGGCACACUGCAAUGUCACUCCGUUUUCUGGGCACUGAGAACACAUACGCACGAUAUGAGGAGUGGAACAGGACAGUCAACGGAACUCUCAAAUUUGAAUUCAAGACAGAAAGGAGAGAUGCAUUACUACUGUACACGGACGAUGGUGGCACUGGGUCAAAGUUCUUCUUGGAGCUUGUACUGGAUAAUGCACAGUUGCAAUUACGCUUCCGAAUCAGGAACAAAGCAAGGACAAUAAUCAUUGGCGAAAACCUGGAUCAAAACACAUGGCAUAAAGUCACACUAAUGAAAAGCCCAGAAGAGUGUGUUAUUAUCUUGGAUGGUGUAAGAAAAGCAGGAGCUAUUCCUGAUGGUCAGACAUCGCUAACCGGGAGUUCGGAUUUGUUUAUUGGUGGUGUCCCUCGUACUUUGCCUGUUACGGAUAUCUCUGAACCGGAGGUCAAAUUUCUGAAUCGCUUUGAAGGCCACGUUCGGAACUUAGUUUACCUGGUGAGCGAGAGACCCAAAAGGUGGUAUCGUCCUGAAUCGAUGGCAGCUAUUGGCCUUGAGGAAGAUCCUUCAGAUCUGUGUGGCAGUGAUGACUUCUGCAGGAACCAAGGUUUAUGUGUCAGUUCUGAUGCAGAUGCAGAGUGUGAUUGCUCAGGGACAGGCUACACUGGUCUUACUUGUGAAACACCACUCAUACCCCAAACACAAUCUGAAGAAGCACCUGAUGAGAAGGAAGGUAAAACAGCCACAUCAGCUACCUUUGACGGGAACACCUACAUCAGCCUUAGUCUUGACAAGAAGCAGAUCUCCACCACUCGGGAUGAACUCCUGUUUGAAUUCCGGACCCAGUCUCCUGCAGGCCUCAUCAUCAGUGUUGGAGAGUAUGACUAUCUCUACGUUGCUAUGAACGGAGGCAGGAUCGAGAUAGCUAUCAAUCUUGGAUCAGGAGAGUAUAGAGAGUUUAUCUCUGCGAGGAGAGGGCCAGAUGGAUUUAUUGAUAAUCAGUGGCAUAAAGUCAGGAUAACAAGGGAAAAUACACAGGUAACAAUACGAGUAGAUGAGAGUAUCAUGGCAACGGGUAAUACACAGGGGGACUUCAUGCGUUUUACCAACAAGAGGGAGUUUCUAGUAGGGGGUGCAACUAAUCCAGAACAGGUUCCAGGAUACACAGAGGUCUCACAGAACUUCAGAGGAAAUCUCAGAGAUGUGGUUUACAACUGUGAUGACUUUAUGUUGGAGCUUCUUGACAUGGCUUUCAAUGGUAAUGACUUCAUUCAGAUUUUUGGUGAUAUCACCUUCACAACAGAAGAUGUUGAUGCCAUUGACCCUAUCACCUUCCUCACCGAAGAAUCCUUCCUUCUUCUUCCAAAGUGGAUGGCAAAGCUGAAUAGUGCAAGUGAUAUCGCCCCCGGUCAGGGACAGACUGAAGGCACUCUCUCACUUAGCUUCCGUACCAACGAGCCAUCAGGGGUGAUCAUGUACAACCGAGGUGCCGAUCACAUCACAGACUUCUUUGCUCUGGAGUUGUUGGAUGGCCACUUGUACCUGGUUCUAGAUCUAGGGUCCGGAGCUAUCCGCUAUAGGGCCGAUUCCCUUCCGCUCAAUGAUGGUCUCUGGCAUUCUGUUCUGCUCUACAGACAUCAUAAUAGAGGAACAUUACAGAUCGAUAAUCGAGACCCGGGCAAGUUCAACGUUGGAGGUACAAGUAAGCAUCUCAAUCUUGUGGAUCAUCUGGUGCUUGGAGGAAUUGAUUUUGAGAAUGAUUCAAACUUCUUACCAAUGGACCUGUACAGCGGGGCACUACGGAGGGGUUAUGUGGGCUGCCUCAAGAACCUGGUCCUACAAGGGACAACUAUUGAUCUUCCAACUUAUGCUAUUGAACAAUCUAAUGGGAACGACAUUGGAGUCUACUGUCGGGAAGAAGAAGGGCAGUGCUCUAGCACACCCUGUAAUCAUGAAGGAACUUGCACGGAGGGCUGGAACAGGUUCAUCUGUGAUUGUCGUAUAACUGGCUAUACUGGAAAGACAUGUGACGAAGAGGUAGCACGACUGUCCUUCAAUGGUAACCAGUACAUGCGCAUCACAGUAUCGGCAAACUCGCGCAGCAAGGUUGAAGACAUCUUCCUCAGGUUCCGCACUCGCUUCCCAGACGGCCUCCUGGUGGCUACUUCCUCUGAUAACGUGAUUGAUAUGCUGAUGGUGGAGCUGAAGCAAGGAUUGAUACGGGUGAUCACCAACUAUGGUAUUGGUCAGACGGUCAUCACUGCAGGACACGGGCUGGAUGAUAAUCGAUGGCAUGCUGUUCAUGUCCAGCGGCGGGAUGAUCGUCUUAUGGUCACUGUGGAUAAUACUGACAGAGCCGAAGCAUUUAACAUAACGUAUGGAGUGAGUGAGAAUUUCCAGAGUGGUAUCCUUGAUUAUCAUUACAUCGAGGUUGGAGGGGCUGCCAAUCGUGACAGCAUGCCAGAUAACCCUGUCAACUUUGUUGGUCAUAUGGAGCAGUUCCUGUACAACAACCAACCUUACUUUGACAUGGCCAAGGCACGAGAACUUGAUUACAUCAGAUUAAAUGCAACCUUUGGUGAGAAGAUGAGCCAGAGGCCAAAGGUCAACCCAUUCACCUUCAGAACGAAAGAAGUCUUUGUUCAGCUGGAGACACCAGACUCGUAUCCAGCCCUGACGCUUUUCUUCCACUUCAAGACGACAGAGCCCAAUGGUCUGCUGCUCUACAGCAGUGGUGGCCGCACUGACUUCAUCUCAGUUGGACUGGUGGCAGGACAGAUACAGUAUGCCUUCAACAUGGGGGCCGGACCUGUCAAGAUCCAUGCCAACACACCCCACAAGCUCAACGACAACAAAUGGCACGAGGUGUCCAUCUCAAAGAACAGCGUAGGUCGACAUGUCCUGCAGGUGGAUAACUCAAUGAGUAUUGCUCAGCCGUCAUCCAAGGCAAGACAUCUAGACCUGACCGAGAAUCUUUACGUUGGUGGAGUCGCUACAGAUAUGUACGAGGACCUACAGAGUGGAGUGGAGGCCAGGGUAGGCUUCCAGGGAUGCUUUGCAUCUCUAGAAGUCAAUGGCAGGAAACAGGAUCUAGAGGACUCAGCUAUCAGCAUCGAGAUGGAUAAGUCCAACCUGAAACGUGGCUGUGAAGAUAAUGGUGAUCUUUGCCUAGCUGAUGUAUGUGCUAAUGGAGGCCUAUGUAUACCAGGUUGGAAUGGAUAUAGUUGUGAUUGCCGGAUGACCAGCUUCUCAGGAAUCAAUUGCUCUGAAGUGAGUACAUCCUUUGGUUUUGGUACUGGUGGUGGUCUCAUCUCAUUGGAGAUACCUGAAUCUCGAUGGUUACGGACAGACCAUGAUGAUCUCAGUAUGGGUGUGGCUACCAGGUCGGCUAAUGCCAUCAUAGCCCGCAUCGACAGUGCUACUUCUGAUGACUACAUUGAAAUGGAACUGGUAAAUGGUUAUCUCUGGACCAUGUACAACUUUGGAUCAGCUGACCACAUGAUCAGUGAUGACAUCAAUCGCAUCAACGAUGGGGCAUAUCACGUGAUUCAUUUCUCAAGGACCGGGGCCAACGCUUCUCUGCAGAUAGAUCAGUAUGCUCGAGUUUACAAGACACCGAAAGGCAAGCAGUCUACAUUCUUUGAUGACCAGGCGAUGAUAAACCUUGGUGGACGUGGUGAUAUCAGUGAAAGCCAACGGAAGAGGAGAAGAAGAGCGCCUUCCUCAUCUCAGUUUGAAGGCAUGAUGUCGGGUCUAUCAUACAAUGACAUGAGAGUGCUUGAUAUAGCAGCGUCAGAUGACCCACGCAUCGUACUCAGCGGGAAUGUAGGUGAACUCCAGAAUCCAGAGAAUUACAUCUAUGGAUCACCGAUACCAACAACCUCAGAUGAGAGCACUAUCUACCGCAUCACCACCACCAGGAAGACACCGGUAUUACCACCAAUACUCAAUAUAUCAAGUACAGCAAAUUCAGAUCUCACAUCUCCAACAAAGAUUACAAUGUCAAUAGCACCUACAUCCGAUGGUGAAUACACACCUGAUGAUCAAGAUAUUAUAUUUGUGACUGGAUCUGGAUGUUUGUCUGAUGUACCAGAGGACUGUACUCCACAAGCUGCAGUUACUCCCAGAGGUGAGGAUAUUUUUGUACCUGGAGAGACAAUGAGUACACCCCCUCCAGAGAAGCCUGGUGCCCCAGCAACCACGGAAUCAGCCUCUCCCAUGUCUCCCCAACCCCUUCCCCCAUCCAGCACGGAGCCAGGAUCAGGAUGUGACGAUGAUGACGAGGAUUGUAUGACUGCUUCAGGAGAAACCUCAGGCACCAAACCCAGCCCAACCAAAGACUUCACUUUCACCCCGGUUGGUGGAGGGGCUACCGUGAUAACUGCUGGAUCCACCCCUCAAUCCGGAGCCAGCCAGGGUAACAAUGGGUUUGAUUUCCUUGGCGAAGCUGGGCUGGUGGUGGGCGCGGUAUCCGCAGCAGCUGUAAUCUUUAUCCUUGUCAUCCUUGCCAUCUAUAAGUUCAAGAAUCGAAAUGAAGGCUCGUACCAGAUUAACGAGAGUCGGAAUUAUGACUACGAGGCGACGCGCACCUCCCUCUUACCUGCCACGGCCACUAAUGGCACCUUACCGUCAAAACCUAAACCUUCAUUACCGCCAGAGUAUGCGACAAAAGAAUGGUAUGUCUAGCAGUAGUUAUAGACAUAGAUAGAUAUAUAGCACAUAUGUAGCUUUGUCUUCUUUUUGUAUAUUUGAAGAGAAAAGAAAACACAUAUAUUAUAUAGUAUUUCAAUCAAAAUUAUUCUACCAGUGUGUGUAUAUACAAAAAAAAAGCAAUGUCCUAUGCUAAUUUGAUAUGCAAUUAUGAACAUUUGAAGCACUAUGGUGGAUGCUCCAGCGGUUAUUUUUGAAGAUGUUUUUAAAGAUCUUGCCAGAUUAGUUAAGGUGAAUAGCAUGCAAGUGAUACCCAGUUUAUGGACCUCAAUCAAUUGACUAUCACUUACAGAGUUUGGUGAUAGUUUUUUUCUUCUUCUUCAGAUAAUGAAAGUUUAUUUUAUCCAAAUUAUAAUACAAAGCCUAUGUCCUGAUUCAAACUUGAUGUUGAAUCUCUUUUGAGAUUAAUGAACCCUCUCUCAUUAGAAAGCACUGAAAAUGUUGUCUCUGUUGCAAUUUAAGUCUCAGUGUUGGUUUGUGUACUUAACAUUCACCAGACUACCGUUGAAUGAGAAGCGUGAUAUCACAUCAUUUUUUGUAUAUCUUCCAAGAAGUGUUUUGGUCUUGUAUGUAAUAUUCUCUGCUUGUAUAAGUACAAUUAAUUCAAAUGUGUGAAUUUUGUUGUUAUAUUUUAGAAUCUGGAAAAGGUUUCAAGCAUGUUGUAUUGGAAUUCAGACUUUCAUCAUGUCUUGUGACAAUAAGGGAUUAAACUGUAAAUGCUCUUUUCAUUAAUGUUGCUAUGGAAACAAAGAAUGAUAAAGCAUUGUGAAAGACCAGACUAUAUCAUAGUCUUGUGAUUUUAUUGAAAGAAGAAUAGAGCAUGGAUUGAUGCUAGGUAUUGCUUCAUUGAAUAGUAUUUGAAUCAGUAAAUGUUCAUCAAGCUAUAAGCAAUGGUCUAAGUUUUUUUUUUUAACAAACAGACCAUUUUACAACCCUUGAUUCAAUUUUUCAUGUCAAAAAGACAAAGUGGUUGUCAUUGGCUGUCUAAAUUAACAAAGUCAGAUGUCACAAUAUUUCAUGUGAAAGUCUGAAAAGAAGCUUCAGAUGUCAGUUUUUUUUUUUUUUUUGCAAUAUGAUUUUACCGACAAACAUUUGAUUAGGUGCUACAAGCAAAGUGAUAUAUGCUUGUCCAUAUAGUUUUUCUUUUUUUUUUCUCAUUUUUCACUGCAUUUUGUUGUGCUGUAUAGAUUACUUGUGACCACUUCGUGAAUACAACUCAUUGUAAUUUAUUGGUGAAACUUCUGUGAUUGCUCGAUUACAUGUAUAUGAUUAUCCACCAAUAAAACAUGAUUACGUGCUUAAUGAUCAUCUUCCAACAAGACUCAAACUCAAGCCUCAUUCAGAUAUGAUUUGACAAACCUCAGUAUUUUUUAUCACCCUACUUUAUAUACUAAUAAUAAACAUAUAUCUUACACUUCAAGGCUAAAAGGGUCCAAAGUUGCAUGGAUAAUCUGGUGACAUUGUAAGUGAUAUCAUCAUUCAUGUUAUGCAGUGUCAUUAAUAUUUUGUUAUGACAUCAUGAGCUUGUUCAUGCAACCCUGGACAGAUAAUUUUUUUAAUGAUUGGUACAGAUUUUUAUUUUGUCUCCUUGCAAAGUCUCUUGACCUUUUUUGAUGCCAUGAUUCUUGUUGACUUGUACGCAAAAAUAUUGCUUAACUUUUUUUGCUGAGUUUUGUCAAUCCAUAUCUGAGUGGGGCUUUAGCAAGAAUGGCAAAUUGGCAAUCCACUAACACUUAACAAGAUGCAAUCAUAAUGUAUGUACUGAAAUUUGAUUCACUUUCAAUCAAAAAGCAUAGAAAUUCAAAUUAUGUGACAGCUUUGGUUUUGUCCUUUGAAAGAACAAACUAAAGAAACUGAAAUUCAAAGAAAUUAAGCACAGUACUAAAUAUACUGCUAUUGAAGUUGUGUAUUUGCUUGUAUGAAUGACAUGAUUAUGCUUAUCACCAGUAGCGGACCGUGACCCGGAGGAGACAAAGCAUUGGGGGGGGGGGCACUGCAUUGUUUGUGAACAAUGCCGUGCCCCCCAAUACUUUGUCUCAUCGGGGUCACGGUCCGCCACUGCUUAUCACAUUCUAAUUUAUGGAAAUACAAAACACAAUAUCAGUCUAUUUUUAUUCUAAGGAAUUUUUAAGUUUCAAUCUUUGUCAGGUGGGGAUACUAAUCAGCUUUUAAAAUCAAUAAAUUGGGUUAAUUAUAGAGUUUAAACAUUUAUCCCUUCUCUGGAUUUUGCAUUUUCCAGAGUUGUCAAUGUGUGAUUAGAUUAGAUUUAAAUGUGUGCUAAUUUAAAGAUUGGGAAAGCUUUAUAAAGUCUUUUGAGUAGACUUGAUUUUCACUUUUAUUUACUAUUAUGUGAUUAAUUAUUGUUUAUAUGUAUCCAGUGCCAUAUAUUUAUUUACAUAUUUCAUGUUAAUUGGGAUAUCUUUGUUUUGUUGCAUUUAUUUUCAUUUUUUUUUAUUUUGAUUCCUUUUUAUGUGUAAACUGAAACAAACAUGAAACGAAAUUAGAUACAAGAAACAACUUAAUUAGAUUUUUCAAUGAAGAUUAAUUGCCAGGUGCAAUUAUAAAACAAAACAGGCAAGACAAAGAAUUACAUAUAAUAUAUUUCAAUCAUUAUUAUUUCUAUUACUAUUAUUAUACUGUCAUGUAAUGUAAAUAUGGAUUACCUGUAAAUCUUACAUUCCUUUUCACACAAAUUAUGUUCUGUAGAAAUAACAUAUACAGGUUUACAAAUGAGAUAUUGUAUAGUUUGAUGAAAAAGACAGGUGUACAUAGAGAUAUGUAUCUAGUUUGUAACAUAAAUAACCUAUGAGUAGACUUUAGUUUAAAAAAAGACACAUUCUAUUAUCAAAGAGAAGUGUAGUUAAAAUUAGUUCUUUUUAGAAAUCUUGUUAGGUUUUGUGGUUGUCAUCCUUGCUGAUAUGCAUGUAUCAGUCAUUUCUAAUCUGUUUCUUCAGACAAUGGUUUCUUAACUUGGAUAUAGUAAAACUAAAUUCUUGUUUUACUUAAUUCAUUUGGAUUCUUGUGGUAAAAUGGGUGAAAGAGGCCAUGAUAAUUUGUUUCAACUUAUUAUAUUGAGAUAAAUUCAAAGGAAAAUGAGAGCUUGUGGUAUGCUGAAUACUUGGUUAAUUCCCCACUUAAAAUAUGAUGUAAAAUAAAAAUGAAAAUAACAUUGUUAAGGGAAUUUCAAAAUUACAUAGAUGGGUUUAAAUAAUAUGACCCAUGUUUGAGAGUAUGGUGUAAUGCAAGAUUUCUUCUCAUUGAAAAAACAAUAACCUAUCAAUGCUUGAUGCAGAAUCAAUUCCGUAUAUCAUUCUCAUAAUCAGGCAUAUGUAGAUAUAUAUAAAAUCUGGAAUAUAAAUUGAUAUGUAUACCCAUUGCUCUACUAUAUCCUUAGCUUACAUUCUGUAAUUUAUUAUUUUUUGUUCAUAAAAUAUACACAUCAAGAGCUGAAGUGACAGCAAUGCGGUAUACAAUGGUGAAAAUUUAUCCUUUUCCAUAGCAAACAAUAUUAUAUUAAAAUGCACUUGUGCAGCAACAAAAGUACCUGUAUCUCUAUUCCCGAGAUUUGUUAUCUCUAGAACAUAUAUGCUGCAGCGAAGCAAUUUGAUAAA